AUGGCGCGGUUUGGAGACGAGGUACAGUCCAGGUAUGGCGGGGGGCCCGGCCAGGGGGGCCCCGGUCGCGGCGGGAGCAGGCAGGGUGGCCCGCCGGGAGCCCAGAGGAUGUACAAGCAGUCAAUGGCCCAGCGAGCCAGAACCAUGGCCUUGUACAACCCCAUACCGGUGCGGCAGAACUGUUUCACAGUCAACCGGUCCUUGUUCAUCUUCAGCGAGGACAACUUCGUGAGAAAAUACGCCAAAAAGAUCACCGAAUGGCCUCCUUUUGAAUACAUGAUCCUGGCCACCAUCAUCGCUAACUGCAUCGUGCUGGCCCUGGAACAGCACCUGCCCGAUGGGGACAAGACGCCCAUGUCUGAGCGACUGGAUGACACAGAGCCCUACUUCAUUGGCAUCUUCUGCUUUGAGUCGGGCAUCAAGAUCCUGGCUCUGGGCUUUGCCUUCCACAAGGGCUCCUACCUGCGCAAUGGCUGGAACGUCAUGGACUUUGUGGUGGUGCUGACUGGGAUCUUGUCGACGGUGGGCUCGGAUUUUGACCUGCGUACCCUUCGGGCCGUCCGAGUGUUGAGACCCCUCAAACUGGUGUCGGGAAUUCCCAGCCUGCAGGUGGUGCUGAAAUCCAUCAUGAAGGCCAUGAUUCCCCUGCUGCAGAUUGGCCUGCUCCUUUUCUUUGCCAUCCUCAUGUUUGCCAUCAUCGGCCUGGAGUUCUACAUGGGCAAGUUCCACACCACCUGCUACAAUAUUAUCACCAUGGAGAUCGAAGAGGAGUUCCCGUGCGGGAAGGAGGCUCCUUCCCGGCUGUGUCCGAACGGGACGGUGUGUCAGGGAUACUGGCUCGGUCCAAACUACGGAAUCACGCAGUUCGACAACAUCCUGUUUGCCGUGCUCACUGUUUUUCAGUGCAUCACCAUGGAGGGCUGGACCGACCUGCUCUACUAUAGCAACGACGCCUCAGGGAGCACCUGGAAUUGGAUGUACUUCAUCCCCCUCAUCAUCAUCGGAUCCUUUUUUAUGCUGAACCUGGUGCUGGGUGUGCUGUCCGGUGAAUUUGCCAAAGAGAGGGAGCGUGUUGAGAACAGAAGUGAGUUUCUCAAGCUGAGGCGGCAGCAGCAGAUAGAGCGGGAGCUGAAUGGAUAUCUGGAGUGGAUCUGCAAAGCAGAAGAGGUCAUCCUCGCAGACGAGGACCACGACGGGGACGACCGGAUGCCCUUUGACGGAUCUCGGAGGAGGCCGACCAUAAAGAAGAGCAAGACUGACCUGCUGAACCCAGAGGAGGGAGAGGGGGACAUGGGCGUGGGUUCGCCCUUCGCUCGAUCCAGCAUCAAGAGUGCCAAACUGGAGGGGUCUUCCUUCCACAAGAAGGAGCGGCGUCUGCGUUUCUUCAUCCGCCACGUGGUGAAGACGCAGGCCUUCUACUGGACCGUGCUGUGCCUGGUGGGCCUCAACACGCUGUGCGUGGCCGUCGUGCACUACGACCAGCCCGAGCUGCUGUCCGACUUCCUCUACUUCGCAGAGUUUAUAUUCCUGGGAAUCUUCUUGUCGGAGAUGUUCAUAAAGAUGUAUGGACUGGGGUAUCGGCCUUACUUUCACUCCUCCUUCAACAGCUUUGACUGCAUUGUCAUUGUGGGAAGUAUAUUCGAGGUGAUCUGCUCAGUGAUCCAGCCAGGAACCUCCUUUGGCAUCAGUGUCUUACGAGCUCUCAGGUUAUUGAGGAUCUUCAAAGUGACCAAGUACUGGGCAUCCCUGCGAAACCUGGUGGUCUCCCUGCUGAACUCCAUGAAGUCCAUCAUCAGUUUGCUCUUCCUCCUCUUCCUCUUCAUCGUGGUCUUUGCUCUGCUGGGCAUGCAGCUCUUUGGGGGACAAUUUAAUUUUGAAUCAGGCACUCCCCCAACAAAUUUUGAUACGUUUCCUGCAGCAAUAAUGACCGUGUUUCAGAUCCUGACUGGUGAGGACUGGAACAUGGUGAUGUACGACGGGAUCGAGUCUCAGGGUGGAGUGAACAAAGGCAUGGUCUUCUCCAUCUUCUUCAUCGUCCUCACUCUCUUCGGGAACUACACCCUGCUCAAUGUGUUCUUGGCUAUCGCUGUGGACAAUCUGGCCAAUGCACAGGAGCUGACGAAGGUACAGUCGGAUGAACAAGAGGAGGAGGAGGCCGCGAGUCAGAAGAUCGCCCUGCAGAAAGCCAAGGAGGUGGCAGAGGUCAGCCCCCUGUCUGCAGCCAACCUAUCCAUCGCAGCUAAGGAGCAGCAGAAGAAUCACAAGUCGUCUAAGUCUGUUUGGGAGCAGCGCACCAGUGAGCUGCGUAAGCAGACCCUGAUGACCAGCAGGGAGGCGCUGUACAACGAGCUGGACCCCGAAGACCGCUGGAAGGUGUCCUACUCCCGCCACAUCCGGCCGGACAUGAAGACCCACCUGGACCGGCCGCUGGUGGUGGACCCUCAGGAGAACCGCAACAACAACACCAACAAGACGCGGCCCAGCGAGGGGCCGGAGCCGGAGCAGCGUCUGAGCCAGCAGCGGGCCGAGGAGUUCCUGCGCAAGCAGGCGCGCUACAACGAGAGGGGCGGGGGAGGCGGGGGCGGCUCCGGGCGCUCCUUCGAGAGAGCCGACUCGGCUGAGUCCCGCUGCAGUCGCAAGGACCACGACCCUAACCACCACUCCCACCCCCACCUGGACCGCCUCGACGACCGCAACAGGGACCCGCAUCGCCGCCACCAGCACCGCCCCCCCGCCGGGCGGGCCAAGGACGGCCGCAGCUCCUCCCCCCGCGGAGAGGGCGGGGCCCCGGAGCACCGCCGCCCCCGCCAGCACCGCAGACCCCCCGAGGAUGAGGACGGAGGUGGAGGGGGAGGGGGCCGAGGCGGGGGCCGUGGGGGACGCCACAGAGGGCCGGGAGGAGAGGGGAACAGGAGCAGAGGGACGGAGGGGGACUGCGAGCACACAGACGGGGGUGAGAGGAGGCCGAGGCGACAUCGCCAUGGCGCCCAGUCCACGUACGAGAACGACGGCAAGAGGGAGAGAGACAGGGACAGGGUUCGACAGCACCGAGUCAGGAAGGAGGGUCAGGGUAACGGCCCCACCCUGUCCACCACCCGGCCCAUUCAGCAGACUCUGCCCCGGCAGGACAGCCAGUACAGCGAAGACAUGGACAACGUCAUGAACAGCAAGCUGGCCACGCAGCCCCCGGCAACGCGCAACCACACCCCAAACCCCCACGCCCUGUCCAACCACAGCCUGUCCAGCCUGCCCAGCCCGACUAACAACCCGCCCCUACCCAACAGCACCGCCCACAACGCCGUCACCGCCCCCGUCGGCAACCCCCAGCCCCCCGGGGGCAACCCCGGAAAGACCCCCGAAAACAGCCUGAUCCUCACCAACCCCGUCUCCACGCCCAUCAACCCGGGCAAGACCGCCUCCAAGAAACCAGAGCACACUGCGGUCGACAUGCCACCCAUGUUCCCCUCAAACAACGCCAUUCUGCAAGUGAAUAAAAAUGCUAACACGGAGCCCCUGCCCAAGAAGGAUGAGGAGAAGAAGGACGAUGAGGAUGAUGAAAAAGGGGAUGGGAACGGUCCCAAACCCAUGCCCCCCUACAGCUCCAUGUUCAUCCUGUCCACCACCAACCCGUUCCGGAGGCUGUGCCAUUACAUCGUGACGCUGCGCUACUUUGAGAUGUGCAUUCUGCUGGUGAUCGCCAUGAGCAGCAUCGCGCUGGCUGCAGAGGACCCGGUCCAGCCCGAUUCCCCCCGGAACAACGUGCUGCGGUACUUUGACUACGUCUUCACCGGAGUGUUCACGUUUGAGAUGCUCAUUAAGAUGGUGGAUCUGGGUCUGGUCCUGCACCAGGGCUCCUAUUUCCGCGACCUGUGGAACAUCCUGGACUUUAUAGUGGUUAGUGGUGCCCUGGUGGCCUUCGCCUUCACGGGGAGCAGUAAGGGGAAGGAUAUCAGCACCAUCAAGUCUCUGAGGGUCCUGAGAGUGCUGCGUCCUCUGAAGACCAUCAAGCGUCUGCCCAAGCUGAAGGCUGUGUUCGACUGCGUGGUGAACUCUCUGAAGAACGUCCUGAACAUCCUGAUUGUCUACAUGCUCUUUAUGUUCAUCUUCGCUGUGGUGGCCGUGCAGCUGUUCAAGGGACGCUUUUUCUUCUGCACCGACGAGUCCAAGGAGUUUGAGCGCGACUGCAGGGGCGAGUAUCUGGUAUAUGAGCGUGAUAACGAGGUGAAGGCGCAGAGGCGGGAGUGGAAGAAGUACGAUUUCCACUACGACAACGUGCUUUGGGCCCUGCUCACCCUCUUCACCGUGUCAACUGGAGAGGGGUGGCCGCAGGUGCUGAAACAUUCAGUGGAUGCGACUUACGAGAAUCAGGGCCCGAGCCCGGGGUACCGGAUGGAGAUGUCCAUCUUCUACGUGGUGUACUUCGUGGUCUUCCCCUUCUUCUUCGUCAACAUCUUCGUGGCUCUCAUCAUCAUCACCUUCCAGGAGCAGGGAGACAAGAUGAUGGAGGACUACAGUCUGGAAAAGAAUGAGAGAGCCUGUAUCGACUUUGCCAUCAACGCCAAACCUCUGACGCGGCACAUGCCGCAGAACAGACUGAGCUUCCAGUAUCGCAUGUGGGAGUUUGUGGUGUCGCCGCCCUUUGAAUACACCAUUAUGGCUAUGAUCGCGCUCAACACCAUCGUGCUCAUGAUGAAGUACAAUGGAGCCUCGGAUGCCUACAAAGACGUGCUGAAGGACCUAAACAUUGUGUUCACCUCUCUGUUCUCCAUGGAGUGUGUGCUGAAGAUUAUCGCAUUUGGAGUCCUGAACUAUUUCAAGGAUGCCUGGAAUAUUUUUGAUUGUGUUACAGUCCUCGGGAGCAUCACUGAUAUUUUAGUCACUGAAUUAGGGAACCCAAACAACUUCAUAAACCUGAGUUUCCUGCGGCUCUUCAGGGCUGCUCGACUCAUUAAGCUGCUCAGACAGGGCGAGACCAUCCGAAUCCUGCUCUGGACCUUCGUCCAGUCCUUCAAGGCCCUGCCCUACGUCUGCCUCCUCAUAGCUAUGCUAUUUUUCAUCUACGCCAUCAUUGGCAUGCAGCUCUUCGGAAAUAUAGGGAUUGAGGAGGAGGAAGGUGACAGCGCCAUCAACCAGCACAACAACUUCAGGACCUUCUUCUUGGCUCUCAUGUUGCUCUUCAGGAGUGCAACGGGAGAGGCGUGGCAUGACAUAAUGUUGUCGUGUCUGGGAGGAAAGGAUUGUGACCCUCGCUCCGGUAUCAAGGAGAAGGAGUGCGGCAGCGAAUUUGCGUACCUGUACUUCGUCUCCUUCAUCUUCCUCUGCUCCUUCCUGAUGUUGAACCUUUUUGUAGCUGUCAUCAUGGACAACUUUGAGUAUUUGACACGAGACUCUUCCAUACUGGGGCCUCACCACCUGGACGAGUACGUCCGAAUUUGGGCGGCGUACGAUCCUAUCGCCUGUGGCAGGAUCAGUCACACUGAUAUGAGUGAGAUGCUCAGACACAUGUCACCGCCGUUAGGACUGGGGAAGAAAUGCCCAGCACGGGUUGCCUACAAGAGACUGUUGCGGAUGGACUUGCCGGUCGCCGAAGACAAUUCGGUUCACUUUAACUCCACUCUCAUGGCCUUAAUCCGCACAGCAUUGGACAUCAAGAUCGCCAAGGGGGGUGUGGACAAGCAUCAGAUGGACUCUGAGCUCCGGAAGGAGAUGAUGGCGAUCUGGCCCAAUCUCUCCCAGAAGACCCUGGAUCUCCUUGUCACUCCCCACAAGUCGACAGACCUGACGGUGGGGAAAAUCUACGCCGCCAUGAUGAUCAUGGAGUAUUACCGCCAGAGCAAAGCCAAACGGACUCAGGCUCUCCGAGAGGAGCAGAAUCGAACGCCAUUAAUGUUUCAGCGCUUGGAGCCCCCGUCCCCAACCCAGGAUGGUGGGCAGGGAGUCAACAGCCUCCCGGAGCCUCAGCCAGAGACCGUCAACAACCUGGCGCUGGAAGGGGGAAUGAAGGAGAGCCAGUCCUGGGUGACGGCGCGGGCGCAGGAGAUGUCACAGAAAGCAGGGAGCUGGAGUCCCGAGGGACAGCAUCCCGAUGACCUGCACGACAACCGGCAUAACCCACAGACGGUAGAGAUGAGAGAGAUGGGGCAGGACGGUUACGUCGACACUGAUCACUAUCUCCCAAUGGAAGGGCACGGCCGGGCCGCAUCCAUGCCCCGGCUUCCAGCUGACAACCAACGGAGGAAGGGAAGGCCACGCGGGAAUAAUCUCAGUACCAUCACGGACAGCAGUCCUAUGAAGCGCUCUGCCUCCUCCCUGGGCCACGGGCGCUGUGGGAAGGGGGGCAGGCUGGAGGACUACGGGCCAGAGGAGGGUCAGCGGCACGGACACCGCCGGCGUGAGCGUAGUCACCGCACGUCCGAGAGGUCUCUGAGCCGCUACACUGACGCGGAUACAGGGCUCGGCACAGACCUCAGCACCACCACGCAGUCGGGUGACCUGCCGCCCAAGGAGAAGGACCGCGAGCGGGAUCGGGACAGGGACCGUGAGCGCGGGCGACCCAAGGACAGGAAGCACCACCACCAUCACCACCACCACCACGGCUCCAUCGACAAGGAGCGCUACGGGCCCGACCGUGGCGAGUACGCCCACCGGCCCCCCCGCGACAGAGACCGCCGCUGGUCCCGCUCUCCCAGCGAAGGCCGAGAGUGCCUGACACAUAGACAGGGCAGUAGUUCGGUGAGCGGGAGUCCUGUCCCCUCGACCUCCGGCACCAGCACUCCCCGCCGCGGCCGCCGGCAGCUGCCCCAGACCCCCGCCACCCCCCGCCCCCACGUCACCUACUCGCCCGUGGUCCGUAAGGCCAUCAACACUCCGCCCGGUCAGCACAGCCGGCACCCCACCCCCACCCCCCGCCGGUUCUCGCCCCCGGGCCCCGAGCCUCACCACCACCCACCCUCCAACCACGGGUCCCCCCGCUCCUCCCGCCUGGGCCGCUGGGCGCCCCCCCAGGACAGCGUGGAGGGCGACGGCUGCUUCUACGAGCAGGACUACGAGUACGAGCGCCACGAGCCCCCCGCCUACGAGCCGGGUCCUGCGCAGGUCAACCCCCACCCGCACGCCCACCCCCACCCGCACCCCCACCCCCGCUCGCCCAGGACUUCCCGCCACGCGCCCCCGGUCCAGCCGCCGCCCCCCCGCCGGCUGCCCAACGGCUACCGCUCGUCCUCACCCCCCCCUCACCACCACGGCCCCCCCCACCCAGGGACCCACAAGGCCCCGCACCCUCGAGGACCCAGAAAGGGACUGCAUGAACCCUACAGCGAGACUGACGAGGACGACUGGUGCUAG